AUGAAAGAUAAGUUGAAUGGAACAAACUAUGCGGAUUGGAUCCGCAACCUGAGAAUUGUUCUCAUGGCUGAGAAAAAGGAAGAUAUUCUAGACACCCCAUUACCUGUAGAGCCUACUGAUAAUGCUCCUGCUGCUGAGAAAAACGCUUACAAGAAGGCAUGUGAUGCUGGUCUUGAAAUGAGUUGCCUUAUGCUUGCUUGUAUGGAACCAGAUCUGCAGAUGCAGUUUGACAACAACCAUGCAGCGUAUGAUAUGAUCGUGGCGCUCGAUGAUAUGUUCCAGACUCAAGCCAGGACUGAAAGGUUCAAUGUCUCAAAGGCUUUUGUUGAAACUAAGCUAGCAGAGGGCACAGCAGUAGGGCCACAUGUGAUCAAGAUGCUAUGGGAACUUCAUCUCGAACUACAUAUGCAUGGGGCGGAAAAGGGCUUGAAUGAAUUGUGUGGCAUGCUUAAAACUGUAGAGGCUGAUAUCAAGAAAGGUGCUGGCAGUAGCCAUGUGAUGGCGGUCCAAAAUAAGCCCCGAUUUAAAAAGAGGGGCAAUUCUUGGAAGAAGAAGAAGGGCAAGGCUAAAGGUCAGAACUCUAAGCCAAACCCACCUGCGCCCAAGGCUGGACCAACUGCUGACACUGAAUGCUAUCAUUGUAAGGGGAAAGGUUACUGGAAGAGGAACUGCAAGCUGUACUUAGAAUCCAUGAAGGAUAGCGGCGGUAAAGGUCAUGUAAGUGAGAAUCGCAUGAAGAGGCUCCAUGCUGAAGGGCUUUUAACUUCGUUUGAUUUUGAAUCAUACGAGACAUGUGAGGCUUGUUUGCUAGGGAAGAUGACCAAGGCGCCUUUCACAGGAUAUUACUUUUACAACCGAUCAGAGGGCAAAGUGUUUGUUGCUCGGAACGGUAUUUUCUUAGAGAAAGAGUUUCUCAAAAGAGAGAAAAGUGGACAGAAGGUGUAUCUUGAAGAAGUUCAAGAUGAGCAAACAGGGAAGGACUCUACGAGUGAUGCUGAUGUAGCAGAACAAGUUGAGAUACCCGUGGCAGUAGAGGCACCACCACAACCACGAAGGUCAGCAAGAAUCCGUGAGGCACGCGGGGAAUUGUUAUUGUUGGACGAUGACGAACCUGCGACAUAUGCGGAAGCAAUGAUGGACCUAGAUUCCGAGAAAUGGCAAACUGAUGAGCGCAAUCGUAUGAGUAAGGUUCCAUACGCCUCGGCAAUUGGUUCCAUCAUGUACGCCAUGAUAUGUACACAUCCAGAUGUUUCAUAUGCUCUAAGUGUUGCGAGCAGGUACCAAGCUAAUCCAAGUGAGAGUCACUGGACACUUGCUAAAAACAUUCUUAAGUACUUGAGAAGGACUAAAGAUGUGUUCCUAGUCCAUGGAGGUGAGGAAGAGCUCAUUGUAAAUGGUUACACCGAUGCUAGCUUCCAAACUGACACGGAUGAUUCACAGUCUCAAUCAGGAUAUGUGUUCACAAUAAAUGGUGGUGCGGUUAGCUGGAAAAGUUCCAAGCAGGAGACGGUGUCCGAUUCUACAGCAGAAGCCGAGUACAUCGUAGCUUCUGAAUCUACGAAGGAAGGUGUUUGGAUGAGGAGGUUUCUCAUUGAACUUGGUGUGUUUCCAAAUGCAUCUAGCCCAUUGAAUCUGCAUUGUGAUAGCAAUGGGGCUAUAGCACAGGCCAAGGAGCCAAGGAAUCACCAAAAGAACAAACAUGUACUUCGGAAAUUUCACCUCAUUAGAGAGUUCAUUAGUAGAGGUGACAUCAAGAUGUGCAAGAUACACACGGAUUUGAAUGUUGCAGAUCCUUUGACAAAGGCUCUUCCACAGCCUAAGCAUGAGACGCACAUGAGAGCUAUGGGUAUUAAAUAUCUUCGAGAUUGA